AUGAAUCAGGCGGGGGAUAUUACAAAAGCUGUAUCCGAUGCCUAUAUCGUUCCAUGCGAUACGGCGCUGGAGUGCUCAAACGGCGCUGCUCAGGCUGUUGUACGAGCUGGAGGCAGCUAUGUUAUGGAUACACUUCAAGUACUCGCCUUAGAAUCUGAUUAUCUUUAUCAUGGUCAAAUGGUAGCUCUUCAUGCUGGCAGUAAUUUGGACACCUGGUAUGUUCUCUUGGUCUGUCUGACUCGAAAGUCUGCUGCCGGUUUGACUGAAUGCUACAGGAAAGGUUUUGAGGCUGCUGUUCAACGAAAAUUGGCUGCUGUAGCUUUAACUGGUUUUGGAACAGGAAGGUUGGGAGGGACAGCUAAAGAUUCUGCCCGAGCUGCUUUUUCAGCGAUAUUUGAAUCUGGUCUAAAUUUUGAUGCAGUAAAGUCUAUUAGAAUAAUUGAUUCGAAUGCCGAAGUUGUUGAGGCUUUUCAACAGUGUUUUAGCGAGGGAAUCAACAAUAUGGCAGAUGUUAUUGUGUUUUCUAAUAACGAAAACUCUUCUGAGCAUUUUGGCACUAAAGGUGACGAAGAUGUGAGAAAGUCAAUGGAACGAUUUAUCAAAGUUAUACCUUCACCGUCAAAUAACGCAUUUGUGUGUAAUGGAAGUUAUAAGGGUAACAUGGAUGCAGAUGAUGUUUGUGCAAUAUGUUACGAUAAACUGUUUCGGAAUGACGAGGACGACGUUGUCGUACAAUUGAAAAAGUGUUGUCAUGCAUUUCACAGAUCGUGUUUAGAGGAAGCAUUUUGUCGUCUACAAGAACGUUGUCCAAUUUGUAAAAGAUGGUAUAAUGUUCCAAAAGGUAAUCAACCAGCAGAAUCUACCAUGACUGUUACAAAACAUGCUGGUCAAGUAUCUGGAUUUCCGGAUGCCGAUGGUUACUAUUGUAUUGAAUACAUUUUACCUGGUGGUGUACAAACUUAUGAACAUCCACGACCUGGCCUUCGAUAUUCGGGAGUACGUCGUUAUGCUUAUCUACCAAGUACCAGCGAAGGAAAAAAAAUAUUGGAAUUAUUCAAAUUGGCAUUUUCAAGUCGGUUAAUGUUUACUGUUGGUGAUUGUGAAACAGGCAGACGAAAUGUUGUUAUUUUUAAUGGAAUUCAUAAUAAGACAAGUUUAAGUGGUGGACCAGAAAAAUACGGAUUUCCAGAUCCUCAAUAUUUUGAUAGAGUAAAGCGUGAAUUGGCUGCAGUUGGUAUUACAGAACAGUUACUGGAAACGUCGACUGACUGGUAG